GUGGAGGUCGCGCCAGUGACGGUCACGUGGGGACGCUCCAACGUAGCGUGCCCACCCGGGCCUGUGCGCUGUCACUGUCGUCGAGGACCGGCGCCGGGCCGCGGGCCUUCGAGCGGCGCCGGUGUCCGGAGGCUGAUGGUUGAUGCUCCCCACCCCCGGGACGAUGCGGUGUCUCUCUCUGCCCUCCGGCUGGGGCUUUCCUCUGGACCGACAGUGCACCUUCGGCCUGCUCCUGGCCUCGCAGCUCCUCUUCCUGCUCUACUACACAUUUGGAGGGAUCCGUAGCAUGGCCCUCCAGCUGUGGCGCGGGCCGCAGCCCUCCUGGGACUACUCCAAGACGCAGGACGUCUACACCAACCUCAGCCUGAUCCAGCUACUCGUCCCGGGCACCCAUCACCUCGCCUACUGUCCCCAGAAACCCCCGUACCUUGUGGGCCCUCUGGCCAUUGCCUUUAACCGGACCCCCUCGCUGGACGAGAUCCGGGAUCGGAACCGCCUUGUGAUGCCCGGAGGAUUCUACACGCCGCCGAAUUGCCAGGCCCGCCACCGGACGGCAGUGAUUGUGCCACACCGACACCGGGAGCCUCACCUCCGGCACUUCCUCUACUACAUCCACCCAUUCCUGCAGCGGCAGCAGCUGCAGUACGGGCUGUACAUCAUCCAUCAGGCUGGGAACGAGACCUUCAACCGAGCCAAGCUGCUGAACGUGGGAGUGAAGGAGGCGAUGAAGGAUGAGGACUGGGACUGUCUCUACCUCCACGAUGUGGACCUCAUCCCAGAGAAUGACCACAACAUCUACACCUGCGACCGCUCUCACCCCAAGCACGUCUCCAUCGCCAUGAACAAGUUCGGCUACCAACUACCGUACAGGACGUAUUUUGGAGGCGUAUCUGCCGUGACACCCGAGCAGUACCUGCGAAUGAACGGAUUCCCCAACGAUUACUGGGGCUGGGGGGGUGAGGAUGAUGAUAUCGCUACCAGGCUCCAGCUGGCUGGAAUGACAAUCUCGCGCCCCCCUCUCUCCGUGGGCCGCUACAAGAUGAUCAAACACAACUUGGACCGGGGAAAUGAGCAGAACCCAAGGAGGUUUGACCUACUGCUCCGUACCCGCCGCUCCUGGACCCAGGAUGGAAUGAACUCUCUGGUCUACACUACUCUGGCUCACCAGCGCCACCCUCUGUUCACCAAUGUGACUGUGGACAUUGGCCCUGCUCCCCGCCGUCCAGGAACCCUUCUCCCCAAAACCCACAAAGGCUCUCUUGUGUCUCUGAGUGCAGCAGGGGUGUGACCAACACAUGGUCUGACUGUGCUUCUACUCUAGAGGAGGGGCGUGAGCUCACGGCCGGACGUCAUGGGGACAGUUGGGCUGGACGAUGAUAUCCGUGAUGGGGAGGCAGGACAGUGAAUUUACAGGACCCUCACCUCCAUCACUUCCCUCUACCUCACCAACUGUCCUCAACUCCCACCAUCCCAGCUGGAGCUGAGAUCAGGGGCUGAGAAUCGCUGUCAACGUGGGGAGCUGCCUUCUGCCUCAAGUGACGGUUCCUGGUUACAUUGUGGAGCAGGACAUCACUAUGCGAGUGUGUGUGGUGUCCCUGUCUGUGUGUGUCUGUGUAUGUUUGUGUCCACCUUCUUUCCCUGUGUGUGUGGGGAAUGCCUGUUUCUUAGCUUUGAUAAUGUGCUUUAAAUCUCUGCGUCAAUUUUCUAGUGGAAAUCAUUAUAUGGAGAUAAAUAGUUUAAUUUUUGUACAAUUA